GUCACAGGAAGCAGACUUCAGUUGCGGAAGUAUAAUGUAUAGGUGAUCGUUUCAGUACAUGUUUUGAUUUAGUAGUUUAGUGCAAUGUCUAAACUGUACACCGAGAAACUGACCCGGCUCUACGAGCGGUAUCGGGAGUACGUUACGAAGAACCCUGCAGCGACUGGACAACUGGAGAGCACCGUAAGAACGCUGUCGUACCUCAUUUCAGGGCGUUUCACUGACUCCCAUGAAAUCUCUGAAUUGGUGUACUCUGCCUCCAACCUGCUGGUGCUGCUUAAUGAUGGCAUUCUGCGUAAAGGGCUGUGUCGACCCCUACCCAUGUCUCUCUCUCAGCAGAGGCUUCUCACCUGGCUGUCAGUGGUGGAGUACAUGGAGGUGUUCCUGGAGAUGGGGGCCACCAAGCUGUGGGGGGAGGGAGGUCGCUGGCUGGUCAUAGUGCUCAUCCAGAUCACUAAAGCCGUCUUGCGCUUUCUACUGCUCUUCUGGUACAAAUCUGGCAUGCAGACUUCCCCUCCUAUUACCCCACUGGACAGGGAGGCACAGCUCGGCAACGAUGAGGACCACGAUGACCACCAGGAUGACAGCUCCUUUGUAGGCCAGCGGUCAGGGAGGGUGAUGAGGCCGUUGGGCAAUGCUCCCUCUGUGCAGGCCCGUCUGUGGGCAGCCCCCAGUAGGGAGAAGAGGUGUGCUGUGGAGGAGGAUCUGACCUCUAGUCCCACUGCCCUGGGGGUCCAAGAGACCAUAGCAGAGUCCAUGUACAUCGGACGCCCGCUGGUACACUUGCUCUGCCUGGGAAUGUGUGGGAGAGGCUCCUGGAAACCAUGGCUCGUAUCUGGAGCCAUGGAAAUGACCAGUUUUGGUUUGCUGAGUGACACUAAAUCUCUGAACCGGCGGGAGAGGGCGGAGGUGAGGAGGAGAGCCUUUCUGCUUCUGUACUACCUGCUCCGCUCCCCUUUCUACAACAGAUUCUCUGAGACAAAGAUCCUGUUCCUACUCCGAUUUCUGGCAGACAACGUUCCCGGCGUCGGACUGGUUGCUCGCCCUCUAAUGGAUUACCUACCUGUCUGGCAGAAGAUCUACUUCUAUAACUGGGGCUGAGGGCAAGAGGUGGUUGAAGGUCUCCUGGCCAGCUGGAUAGGGAUCGACACUAAAGAGGGAGAAUCAGUAAAAUACAGAGCCAGAGACACACAGGGACUCAAGUCCCCCACAGACUCACUGGAAACCUGUGCUGGUUAAUCUGCUGUAUUUCAACUGGGGACCCUCACAUCAGAUCCAACAUGCAGUUCUGUUGCUAGGGCAUUCCAGAGUACCUUACGGAUCCUUUCGUUCUGUUGCUAGGGCAUUCCAGAGUACCUUAUGGAUCCUUUCGUUCUGUUGCUAGGGCAUGCCAGAGUACCUUACGGAUCCUUCCGUUCUGUUGCUAGGGCAUGCCAGAGUACCUUACGGAUCCUUCCGUUCUGUUGCUAG